AUGAGCAGUGUUGAUCUUCCGCAGCUGAUGGACGAUAAUCUGGUAAGUUACUAGUCUUUUUCUUGAUUGUUGUACCGUGAGAAUCUCCCAAACUUCAGAUCACUCGUCGCAAAAAGAUCAUGCAGUCGAUCGAAGACAUCCGAGGAAAGAAAGCAGAAAUCGCACAGGCUCUUCGUGAAUUAGGAGUCGGAAAUCCACAGCAAAAUGAGGUAAAAUCUCGUGAAAAUCUCCAAUUACCAAUACAUGUUUCAAAUGCAGAGUGUGAAAAACGACAUGAAGCAGCUUUUGGAGGCUUACGAUGCGAUUUCGAGCCAAGAGACUCAGUACAUGGAAAUUCUGAAGACUAUUGUGGUUCGUCAAUUUUUUUCCUAAAAAUGUUAAUGGGCAAUCUAAAUAUUUUGCAGGGCAUUCACGAACAAGCCACUCUCGACAUUGCACAGGAUUUCGAGCGGAAAAUCGAAAAAGACGCGCAGAAAUUGAAAGAAACGAAGGAGAAACAGGAGGAGAAUGCCGAGGAGCAAAGAGAGAAAACUCCGGAAGAACUGGCGAACAGCGAGACGAUGGCGGAGCUCCAGGAGGCUCUGCUCGAGCUUAAAAAGGUCUCCGAAGAGGCGGUGAGGGCCUCGGAGCUCAAUGAGAAGCUCGUGGAGAGUCUGCAGUUGACGAAGGCGAAGAAGAGCGCGAGGAAAGAGCUCAACGCCAGAAGAGCCAAAGAGCUCGACGAAACGGCGGCUGUGAUCAGAGCAGAUGUCAUGGAGAAGAUCAACAAAAGUGAGAUUCUUGAAAAAAUACUUUAAAAAGCAAACAUUUACAGUGUCCGCCCUGAAAAAGACGACGGCAAAACAGGAGAGAGAGCUUAAAGAUCUUCAGAAGCAGUGUCUCCAACUGGGACUUCAGCUCGGCGUCGAAGAUCAAGUAGAUCCGGAGGCCGAGCGUGCGACCCUUGAUGACAAUCAGAGAGUCCCGGUGAUCGGGGAAACUCAGCAGAAGCCAGAGUUGAACGAAGAGGAGAAAGAACGAAGAAGGGAGGAGAUCCGGGAGAACAUCAAGAGAGAACUCGAGCAGUGAGUUGACCUUCUGAAAAUUAAAGGCACAUGUCCCUUGGCUUCAAGUUUCAAAACAUCUCUCAGCUGAUCUGAUUACUACCAGUGUAACCGCUGACUCAUCGGCAAAACAAUCUUCGCAGAACAUCAUCCGACCGACGUUUAGUGUAAUCGUCUCUCCGGAAGCUUCUAGAGUCCCUUCGCGUUGCUCUGACCGGUUUACAAUGUGCUCCUCUUCUCCGCCCGAUCGAUCCCGAUAUCUCUGGGCAAAUACUCGUCGCUUACACUUUUGCUCUUGCUGCUGCAGAUAUGCAUUCCGAGUUGUACACCUGACACUUCGUCUCACUUUUCCCCGUUUAUUCCGAAUGAAAUCCUAUUACACUUUGUGCAGAGAAUUCGGAGAUGAUAGGUCCGAGAAGAAGUGCAUUAGAGAGAAAGAGAAAGAGGAAGAGAUAGCUACCGUCAAGAUGUUUCUUUUGGUCUCACGUUUCCAUUUUCGAUACAAAUUCGUAUACUUACAGAAAAGAACAAGUGAACUCCCAAAUCCGCGAGAAGCUCGCGGCGAUGGAUGCUCGUCGAAAACGUCUUCAACAAAUCCGGAAAAUGUUGGAGAAGCAAGAGGAGAACGCCGCCGCUUCGGCCGCUCAGAACGGAGAAGGCAUCCCGCUGACUCCAGAAACCCCACGGCCGUCCGUUGAGUCGCCCGAUGUUCCAGAAGCUCCGAUUGCCGCUCCAGAAGGCGAAGACGUCGAGGGGCCGGUGGUUGAGAAGUCUUUGGAUGACAUUUUGUUGAAUGCUAAGGCUAAUUUGAGGUACUUUCAAUUGAAAAUUCAUAGCAAAUAUGGGGUGGUUUUAGCAAUUUGACGGCGAUGCGUGAACGAUUGGAGCACAUCAAAGAGACGGGCGGCGCGGAUUUAAACGAAGAAGACAUUCAGUUGCUCCAACGGUUGGACACGAUCGAUUUGGAAGAGGAGGUAGGCGGCAAUGAUGACGUGGCAUGGUUUGAAUUCUGAAAAGAAGUAAGCGGAUGAAACAUUGUUACCACUAUUCAAUGCAUGGACUCUCUCGACUCUACGUACAUAGAUUUUCACUUUUUCUGCCGUGAUCUACUCUGCGUGUCGACUCCAAUUCUCUGUCCGUUCUGAUUUGAUCUGCCGUGUCUCACUUUGAGCCCUCGUGAUCCUCUCCCUUUAUCCAGCCGUCUGUGAAAGCACCGAAAUCCGAAGUGGAUCUGAUUAUGAGCGAGAGAGACGUUGAUGACGUUGACGUGGAAGAUCAGAAGAAUGACAUCGAAGCGGCCGUCCGGUCUUCUUUCCACGCGGUUUUCCGGCCGAAAACUUUGAUUCUAGAGGAAAGUCAGCUUGAGAUGGUUCGGAAGGCCAGACUCGCGGCGAUUGAGGAAAUGGUCAGAAAGAUCGAUGACAAGGUACGAAGGAUUCAGACGACGUGACGAUGAGAUCUUGGGGGUCCCUUAGCUUGAGCUCCAUUCCCUUCCAAUUCCGGGCCCUCUUUCGGAUUCAUUUGUUGUCGAUCGUCACCCUCUUCUUCUUUUUCUUCUUUUUCUUCUUCCCCUUUUGCAAUCUCAAUGCUUCUGAUGACCCAGCGACUAGAGAGAAAGAAAGAGUGAAAGAGAGAGGAAGAUUCAUUAAAUUGUGCGGUCCUUCUCUUCUGGACCCCAUGGGUUGUAAUAUGGGAUCCGUGCCCUCCCCCCAUUUCCACUGCGUCUUUCUGUGUCCGGGCGGCGGCGGUGUCCGGAGCAAUAAAUUGUGGAAAAACACACAGAAAUGGCGGCGAAGAGAGAAACAGAAAGUCUGCGUCUCUGGCGCGGAGCUGGUGACCGGCAGCUCAUCCCCGGGCCCUCCGGCCAACUCGACGAAAUUAAGGACGAGACCGCUCUGCCACGUGGCUGGGGAUGUCUAGGAUCCUCAAAUUUUAAAGAAGCUAGAGCUCUUUUCUACUGUGAACCUUCGAUUCCCCCUUAGAACGUCUGAGCCAUUCCCACCUCUUCUCCCCUAUCAUUACACCUUCAGGUACCCCUUCGGCUCCUUCUUUUUCUUGCUGCCUCUCCUUCGUUUGACCCCGCCCCUAGCGGUCCAACCGCUCCUCAUCAUCCUUCCGAAAGCCACGCCCCCAUUCGAUCUCAUCGUCGUGUCGUUGUCGAGUCCGCUCACUCACUCAUUCGUGCCCCCGUCCUCCUCCUCCUCGUCACCACCACCACUCGAUUCCAGCUGCCCUCCGCCGCCGCCUCCCUCUCCCUAUCACUGCUAUCACUGAGAGCCGGUGAGCUGCGCGAGCUUGCCGCUCAUCUACUGCGGCUCGCCGAGCUCCAAGAGCCCGUGGCUCAAGCCUAA